CUUCUUCUUCCUCAACUUGCUGCCGGCAAAACCAGGCACUACAGGUUUAACAUCAUAAUGCAAAAUGUAACACGACUGUGCCACACGAAGAGCAUGGUUACUGUAAAUGGGCAGUACCCUGGGCCUCGGAUUGUGGCGAGGGAGGGUGACAAUCUUCUUAUCAAAGUGGUCAACCAUGUCAAAACGAAUAUCUCUAUCCACUGGCAUGGAAUUCGACAGCUUCGAAGUGGGUGGGCUGAUGGGCCCGGAUACAUAACUCAAUGCCCCAUUCAAACUGGCGAGAGCUAUGUCUACAACUACACCAUUGUGGGUCAGAGAGGGACUCUUUUUUGGCAUGCCCAUUUCUCAUGGCUAAGAGCCACUGUCUAUGGAGCUUUAGUCAUUCUUCCCAAGCGUGGCAUCCAAUUAUUUCCCUAUCCAUUUCCCAAACCUUACAAGGAAAUUCCCAUCAUCUUUGGAGAGUGGUUUAAUGUAGAUCCUGAGGCAAUUGUUAGCCAAGCCCUCCAAACAGGUGCAGGCCCUAACGUGUCGGAUGCCUACACCAUCAACGGGCUUCCAGGGCCCUUGUACAAUUGCUCUGGCGCCAAAGAUACAUUCAGGCUGAAGGUGAAAGCAGGGGAAACUUAUCUUCUUCGUUUAAUCAACGCUGCACUCAACGACGAGCUCUUCUUCAGUAUUGCAAACCACUCAAUCACCGUCGUUGAAGUUGACGCCGGUUAUGUCAAACCUUUUGAGACCGACAUUAUACUCAUCACCCCCGGACAAACGGCAAAUGUUCUUCUCAAAACUAAACCCCACUUCCCAAACGCCACUUUUCUCAUGGCUGCACGGCCAUACGCCACCGGCUCCGGCACCUUCGACAACUCCACCGUCGCCGGUAUCCUCGAAUAUGAAUUACCAUCUAUUUAUUCAACAAAAAAUAACAAGUUUCCACUCUUCAAACCAACUCUACCCGCUCUCAACGACACCUCAUUUGCCGCAAAUUAUUCAAGCAAACUCCGAAGCUUAGCAACCGCUCAAUACCCGGCCAAUGUUCCCCAAACCGUCGACAAGCGCUUCUUCUUCACAGUAGGCCUUGGAACAAACCCGUGCCCGAAAAACCAAACGUGCCAAGGACCCAACGGAACAAAGUUUGCGGCUUCGAUCAACAACAUCUCCUUCCCACUUCCGGCGACGGCUCUUCUUCAAGCUCACUUCUAUGGACAAGCGAACGGCGUUUACACCGCCGAUUUUCCUAGCUACCCACUACAUCCUUUUAACUAUACGGGCGCUCCUCCGAACAAUACUAGAGUUAUGAACGGAACAAAAGUGGUGACUCUCCCUUUCAACGCUAGUGUGGAGAUUGUGUUGCAGGACACGAGCAUUCUCGGAGCUGAGAGCCACCCUUUUCAUUUGCAUGGGUUUAACUUUUUUGUUGUCGGACAAGGUUUCGGCAACUAUGAUCCACACAACGACCCGACAAUGUUCAAUCUUAUUGACCCGGUUGAAAGAAACACUGUGGGUGUGCCGUCUGGCGGUUGGGUUGCAAUUCGGUUUCAAGCAGAUAACCCAGGGGUAUGGUUAAUGCAUUGCCACUACGACACCCACAAUACUUGGGGUCUAAGAAUGGCUUGGGUUGUCCAAGAUGGAAAGUUUCCCAAUCAGAAGCUGCCACCUCCUCCAGCAGAUCUUCCCAAAUGUUGAUUUUCACAAGUUCUGGAUUAAGUCUCACAGAAUCUUUAUUACAUGAGUGAGCUGGAAUAAAAUUUUCUGUUCAACUUAUUGGCCCUUUAA